UGAGACGUGUCCUAUGCUGUCACGUAUUUUUUGUAAAAAAAAAAAAAAGUUAAGCUAGUAAUUCACAUAAAAUACGUUAAUUUGUCGACAUUUUUACACACGACUCAAUUCAAAAUGAACUGGGUUGGCGGGUCGAGGAACCGGCUUAAAAUGAAAAAUGAGGCGAAAAAGCAGAAAGAAUUCUUUGAAAAGAUGAAAAUGAAAAACAAAUUUAAAAACCUGGAAGUUGCCUCCCCUAAAGUCAGCUCAUUCGCCAGUAUGGACCUCGUGACGCUGUUUGUGGUCAACCAGAUAGCAGCAAAAAAAGAGCAGAAAGAUCCUCCCAAAAUUGCAGUAUUGGGUCCCAAAAAAGGGAAGAUGAGGAACCUCAACCCCAUGAUACUUCCCAUGAGCCCCAGUUCUCCAUCCCAGCUGAGUCUGGUGGAGAGCCACCCUCCGUCUAGUGUUCAAAGCGAUAGGAUGAGACCGAUUGUCCCGCAACCCUUCAAGAUUUGGCAAGCGAGUAACAAUGCGACAUUAUUAAAGGGUGAAAAGAAAAGCAGCCACAUGACCCUGUCACCAGUCGUGAAUUGCCCCUACCCCGACGACAGCGCAGCCGACAAUCUGCCUCCCGUCGGCGGGACCCUCAGCCCCUUGUUUCCCUCGUCUUCCACCCCAGGCCAAGCCGGAAACCAGCCGCUUCCCGGAUGGCCCCCAACCACCUGGGAAACAUCUGGUCUGGACGAGAGCCCGUUUCAGCUUUUCUGUGAGCCCGCGGGGACGGCAGGAAACAUCUGGUCCACAAACCCGGACAGAUCCUCAGAAGCUUUCUUUAGAACACCAGAUGUAGCCACCAAAGACCCAAGAUUUGAAGACACGUUCCUGAGCAGAGUCUCCCGAAGUGAGCCCGCCCUAGACUUCAAUCCAAACCAGCUCGGGACCGAAGAGGACAUCUUUAAGGGACUCAUCGUAGACAAAUCUGAAACUGAUGCUUUUCAUUUCGGGAGUGAAAAAACAAAGCAAUAUUUCAAGGACGAGGAGUCGGUCCAAGCUUCAUUGCCACAAAUUGUCCCUGAACCACACACCUAUGAGGUGCAGAUGCCUCAUUGCACCAUGAACUUUUCAUGUCCUGAAUACCCAAUGAGCGGUUGGGGUGCUUCGCCGACUUCCUCUUGCAAAAGGGGUUACCUGAGUUCAAACUCCAGUCAUACUGAAGAAUUGGCAUUUUCUCCAAGACGAGCCUCAGACGAGACCCCCGAGUUUUGUGCGUGCUACCAAAAAGGCACUGAAAGGACCGAUGCCGAAACUCAAACCAUCCACCGUUCCGCUUUGAAGACGUGCGACGUCGCCACUCAGUGCGGCGCGCGCCCAGACGCCUCUCCGCUUGUUGAUGCGUCCCCGCAGCGGGAAGCCACCGGGGGGCACUGUGGCUGCACAGAAGCUCGUGUCGAGGGAAGAGGAAAGAGCAGAAGGAGGCCAACCCUGAGGAGAAAGAAGAGAUUCAACUCCUUCAAGAUUUUCAACGCGAUUUUUCGGCGUAUCUGUGUCCAGUACAAAUUUAGCAAAGUCAGGAAAGAAGGCUUGUGCCAGGGCACUCUUGGGAAAAGCCUCAGCUGGAGCGAGGCCGACCGCGCCACCGCCGCCACGGUGCAGGGGGAACCACUCCAGGAAACGGCUGAUAUUUUGCCCCUGGCGAAGGAGGAACGAUAAGGAGGAGAAACACACCUGUUCUGUGCACGUAGUUCUCAUCAAACACUAUUUGGUCACCUUCCUGUUGUCAUAGCAACACUGAAAUGAAAGCCCAAGGCAUUACUGAUUCACUGCUUUAUUUCUUUCCCUAUACGAACACACUCAAGAUAUGUAAUUUUUUUUUUUGGGAAUAGAAUAUAAACUCUAGCAAAACAUUUGACAGCUGCGACAAUUUAAAUACGCUACACAUCACUCCAUCGCUUUCCCGACCCGGUCGAAAAGUGUAGAAAUGCACGUAGGAACACGACAGUGCACAAAACUUGUUUGGUGAGUUGGACAACUGCUAAAAGGCUAACACGACAGACCGGGUGACAAAAGUGCAGCUCCGGAACAAAUCAGCGCAAAUAUUUGGUCACUAAUUGCACAGCCUUGAAAAUGGAACUUGAACCUGCUGGUUUACAAAAAAAAUGUUUUCUUUUUUUUUGUUUAACCACAUAACACAUUUUGAAGGUAAUGUCACUCCCCACUAUAAACAAAGUAUAAGUAAUGGAUGAAUUUGUGUAACUCAACGGUAAUGGAGAAUAUGUUUUGGCAUGUUUAAAAAUUGUUCCCACUGUGUUAUACAAUUUUUGAAACAUCUCAGUUGUUCACGACUGCACACUAAUAAAUCUUGAUCCAUGGACACCA